CCAGUGCACGGAGCGAGCCCCUGUGUCUGUAGGAACCUGACAGAUAUGUGCAUCGAGAGAUGAUAUGGCAGAAAUGCGUGCAAAUGUUUCAACGAGGCAAUAGGCCAGGCAGGAAAUUGGAGUAAAGCUGAAACAUAAGGCUUUGCUACCCAGCGGCUUGCCAAGCUCGUGUGUGUGCGUGUGUGCUCGAAGUGCCUAUGGCGGAGUUUGGGGAGGACGGCAGCCUGCCUCCAUUGAAUCUUGGGGAUACUGCCGUGCCCAGCGACGAAGCAGCUGGCAAGACGCAUUGCGAAGUGUCGGUCUUGAAUGGAGACUGUGGGAUAUCGGAAAAUAUGGUCGGUUCGGGAUCCCUCGUCGCACCUGGCAGCCAAGCCGGGGUGGAAACCGCCAACACCUCUGUCGGAUUGGAUGGCAAAUCAGAAAUACCACGCAGGAGCAGCAUUAUCAAGGAUGGCUCAAGACAGCGUAAAGAAAGAAAGAAGACUGUAUCAUUCAGCAGCAUGCCCACUGAGAAGAAAAUUAGCAGUGCAAGCGACUGCAUCAGUGCAAUGGUGGAUGGCUCUGAGCUGAAGAAAGUGCGAUCCAAUUCCCGUGUCUACCACCGCUACUUUCUCCUUGAUGCCGACAUGCAGUCUUUGAGAUGGGAGCCCUCAAAGAAGGAAUCAGAAAAGGCUAAGAUUGAUGUAAAAUCCAUCAAGGAGGUGCGGACGGGGAAAAACACAGACACUUUUAGAACUAAUGGAACCUAUGAUCAGAUAUCAGAGGACUGUGCCUUCUCAAUCAUUUUUGGGGAGAACUAUGAGUCUCUGGAUUUGGUGGCAAACACUGCAGAUGUAGCCAACAUUUGGAUCACAGGGCUGAGGUACCUGAUCUCCUACGGGAAACAUACUUUGAAUAUGAUAGAGAGCAGUCAGAACAACAUGCGCUCAUCUUGGCUAGGCGAACUUUUUGAUGAGGCAGACGUUAACAACAGCAAACAAAUAACAAUAUGUGCUGCUGUGCAGCUAAUCAAGAAGUUGAACCCUGGACUUAAAAAUGUGAAAAUAGAAUUGAAGUUCAAGGAGCUUCACAAAGCGAAGGACAAAGCAGGUUCUGAUGUGACGAGAGAUGAGUUCAUUGAGGUCUUUCAUGAUCUUUGCACCAGACCAGAAAUUUAUUUUCUCUUUGUUCAGUUCUCCAGCAACAAAGAAUUUCUGGAUACCAAGGACUUAAUGAUAUUUUUGGAGGCAGAGCAGGGCAUGGCACAAGUCAGUGAAGACACCAGCUUAGAAGUCAUUCAGAAAUAUGAACCGUCUAAAGAGGGCCAGCUCAAGGGUUGGCUUUCCCUUGACGGGUUCACUAACUAUCUUAUGUCUCCAGAGUGCCAUAUAUUUGACCCUGAACAAAAAACAGUAUGUCAGGACAUGAACCAGCCCUUGUCCCACUAUUACAUCAACUCAUCCCACAACACAUAUCUGAUAGAAGAUCAGUUCAGAGGUCCGUCUGAUGUGACAGGGUAUAUCCGUGCCCUCAAGAUGGGCUGCCGCAGUGUAGAGCUAGAUGUAUGGGACGGGCCUGAUAAUGAACCUGUUAUUUACACUGGUCACACGAUGACAUCACAGAUAGUUUUCCGCAGCGUCAUCGACGUCAUCAACAAGUAUGCAUUUGUUGCAUCUGAGUUUCCACUGCUACUGUGUUUAGAAAACCAUUGCUCCUUAAAGCAGCAGAGAGUCAUGUUUCAGCACCUAAAGAAGAUCCUCGGAGACAAGAUCCACCUCGAUCCUCCAAAACCUGAGGACUGCUACCUCCCCUCCCCCUUAGAACUGAAGGGGAAGAUCCUGCUGAAGGGUAAGAAACUGAGCACAAACUGCACUGCUUCAGAAGGUGAGGUGACAGACGAGGAUGAGGGGGCAGAGAUGUCUCAGAGGAUGAGCAUAGAGUCUGCUGAACAACAGACUAUCGCACCCAAGAAAUUCCAGCUGUCGAAGGACCUCUCGGAUCUGGUGACCUUGUGUAAGUCUGUGGAGUUCAAAGACUUCCCAACAUCUUUCCAGACCCAGAAACAAUGGGAGCUUUGCUCUUUCAAUGAGGUCUUUGCCAGUCGCUGUGCCAGUGACUUCCCAGGUGACUUUGUAAACUACAACAAGAAGUACCUUGCACGAGUUUACCCGAGCCCCAUGCGGAUCGACUCCAGCAACAUGAAUCCACAAGAUUUUUGGAAGUGUGGGUGCCAGAUUGUAGCAAUGAACUACCAGACUCCUGGCCUGAUGAUGGAUCUAAACAUAGGCUGGUUCCGUCAGAACGGGAACUGCGGCUAUGUGCUGCGUCCAGCGAUCAUGAGAGAGCAGGUUUCAUAUUUUAGUGCCAACACUAAAGAUUCAGUGCCUGGUGUUUCUCCGCAGCUCUUACACAUCAAGAUCAUCAGCGGACAAAACUUCCCUAAACCCAAAGGCUCAGGUGCCAAAGGAGACGUGGUAGACCCCUAUGUGUAUGUGGAAAUACACGGCAUUCCUGCUGACUGCGCUGAGCAAAGGACUAAAACAGUCAACCAGAACGGGGACGACCCUCUAUUUGACGAGAGCUUUGAGUUUCAGAUAAAUCUCCCCGAGCUUGCAAUGGUGCGCUUUGUGGUGCUAGACGACGACUAUAUUGGUGAUGAAUUUAUCGGCCAGUAUACGAUCCCCUUUGAGUGUCUCCAGCCAGGUUUCCGCCACGUGCCGCUACAGUCUCUGACAGGCGAGGUUUUGCCACAUACCUUGCUGUUUGUUCAUGUGGCCAUAACCAAUCGAAGAGGAGGCGGCAAACCUCACAAAAGGGGACUGUCUGUACGGAAGGGCAAGAAGAGUAGAGAGUAUGCCAGCAUGAGGGUGCUAUUGAUCAAGGCUGUGGAUGAUGUCUUCAAAACAGCCAUACUACCACUAAGGGAGGGAACAGACCUCAGAGAAAACAUGCAGAAUGCCAUUGUGUCCUUUAAAGAGCUGUGCGGCCUUUCAGCAGUGGCUAACCUGAAGCAGUGCAUCUUGGCCCUUUCCCCUCGACUGACCGGACCCGACAGCAACCCCCUGCUGGUGUUCAACCUCAGUGACCAGUACCCUAACUUGGAGCCCCAAGGCCUGCUACCAGAGGUCCUCAAGAAAGUCAUCACCACCUACGAAAUGGUGAUCCAGACCAGCAAGACUCUGCUUGAGACCUGUGAUGGGGUGUACGAGAGAAUUCUGCAAACCCAAAAAGCAGCGAUGGAAUUUCAUGAGAACCUCCAUGACUUGGCCAUGAAGGAGGGGCUGAAGGGCAGGAAGCUGCACAAGGCGGUGGAGAGCUUCACCUGGAACAUCACCAUACUGAAGGGUCAGGCAGACCUACUGAAACACGCCAGGAAUGAAGUCCAGGAGAACCUCAAGCAGAUCCACUAUGCUGCGCUCACCUGUAACCUGAGUAAAGGAGGAUCAGCAGGCGGCUCCACUGGCUCUGAGUCUAAGAGCAGACGCAGCCUCGAGGCUAUUCCCGAGAAGGCUGUCGCGGAGGAGGAGCUCACCGAUGAGGACAACUAGAGACCCACAGUCCCACUCUGGUGCUCUCCUGGCACCCACAUUCAGACCUCGACUCUGUUCCUGCCUCCUGAGCUCAAAACCCAAAGCUCCUGCUCUCCACUCUGUGGCAUCAUCGCUCUACACGAGACAGUGUUUUUCCACAAUUCCAUCGUGUGCAUUCCUGUACCCCAAGCACAGCUGUAAGCUCUUACACUUCUGCCUUGUAAUCAUCAAUAAAGUGGCACCACUACUUAAAGACACAAAUCCUUCCCAAGUUGACAUCACAAAGUUUAUACAAGUUUGGAAAAUUGCUGUCAUUAUUUCUAAGUCUCAAAAUGUUUAAAGCUGUACUGAAAGCUGGAAGAGUCUGAACCAUCAUAAACAUUUGCUACACAUCUGAUGCUGCCUAGCCCACACUGAGUGUGCACACAUAUAAAUACCAGAUCUUACAACCCAGCGAGAGCCUGACUUGGGGAAAUGUUAAAAGGGAUCACAUGUAGAAACGCUGGUGAUCAUCAGUGGCAGACAUAAAUCCUAACGCAUCAGUUCAUCACCCUCCCUUCCCCGUCUCAUUUCCUGGGUGAGCUGGGAGAGCCGAGUGAACUACCAGCCACGUUAACGUUUAAGACAUUGACCUGCUGUUCAGAGACGGUGCACUUCUACUCAGCUGACCGGGGCCCUUGGAUUGUUGAAAGAGAUUUCUUAAAGCACAAUUUUUUUGGAGUUAUGAAUGUAACAGGACAGAGGGAGUGGAAGAAGAAAACAAGGGGACACAAACGUCACGAAUGAGAGUAAAGAGCUGUUUACAAUGCUGAACUUGUCCAUGUUCUUGUCUGCCAAAAUAGUAUAAUAUACUAUGUGUAUAUAUGGAGUUUCCUGUUACCUUUUUUUCUGCAGAGUGCAACAUUUUAUUAUUGUAUACUUGGAAAUAUAAGAUUUAUUUUAUAAAAGAUAUAUGAACAUGUCUGUGGAAAAACAAGAGGUUUUAUUUGUCUGUAGAUAACAAGGGUCGUCACGAGGAGAAGUGACCUCGGAGUUUUCCCGGCGGAGAGCUCGUACGUGUGGAGACAGAUGGACUAAUAACAGAAUGUAUUCAAACCGUUUGUGGUGCAAACAACAGCAAAGUCUCAACAAACCACAACCAGCAAACUGCAUGAGAAGGAGCCACGACUGGUCGUUGUUAACAUACACUCAAAAACACUUUGGACGGUGACACAUUUAAUAUUUCAGCAUUUCAUCUGGGAAAAUGUUCGGCCUUUAUUUUUGGGGCAUGGUCCUCCCAUUUCAGGGCGCUAAAGACAACGUAAUGCUCCGAAUGUUCCACCAAUGUAAAAAGAGAGAAUACUGCAACUAACAAAAUGGUGCCAGAUAUUUUUGUUUUUUUCUAUCUCUCCAGGUGUGCUCCCAAACAAUCCCACUGUUAUUUAAAACUCCCCCAAUGAGAAAUCAGCUCUGGCUGCUUUAAACACUCAUCCCCUUGUUUACUUGCAGUCAUCUGGGUAAGUUAUUUUAGUGAGCAGAGUGAUUGAAAGCGUCUCACAGGGAACCAACAGGAUGUGUCUGGGUUGCAGACUCUGAAUGGGAGGUCAUGUACAAAAACAAAGACGAUGCUUUCACUUUAAAAGCUAUCCAAUGUUAAAAAGACGUGUCUCCCUGUCCAUCACUCGUGGGCUUUGCUAUGUCUCAUCCUGCAGUUAGUGUGCCACAUCUAACCACAUCUGGGACAGCUCCAGUGGUUCCUGUCUGUCACAAUGCUUUGAUAACCCUUAUUUAACUCAGGUCUGUUGAGAAGAUGGAAGAGAAGGAUAUGAACUGAAGAGUAAUAACAGCUUCAUAGCCAUUCCUGGUGACUAAGUAGAAUCUGAUCCACAGUAAUAACCCUGAUAUUUAACUGUGCCACAUUACUGCUAACUAGGGCUGCCACGAUUAGUCGACUAAUCGAUGACUAAUCGACUACUAAAAUAAUCGGUGACUAUUUUAGUAGUCGACUAAUCGGUUUGAGUCAUUUUUCAUAGAAAAGUACUAUAAAAGUACCCCAAAAUACUCUUACUGCAGCUUCUUACGUUCAGAUAUUGGCAGCUUUACACACUCUCCUGUAACAGUGAACUAAAACCCUUCAGCGUGAGUAUGAAACAAGACAUUAGAUGACGUAAUUUUGGGGUUUGGGCGAGACAGACUGACAUUUUUCAACAUUUAAACACAUUUUUCGAUGAAAUGAUUAGUCGACUAAUCGAAGAAAUAAUCGACAGAUUAGUCGACAAUGAAAAUAAUCAUUAGUGGCAGCCCUACUGCUUACUACAAAAUACAGUGUCAGUUGAAUAGUUGGAAGUGAUGAAGAAGUUUUUGCCUUUUGAAAUGCCUUUCCCCCACAUGUUGCUUCAACAGUGUUUUGCUUGCUUUUCAUUUAACAGUCCACAUCUGUGUCUCUCAUUUCAAAUCUCAAAGUUAUCUCACUAAAAGUUCUGCACUGACUGGACCAAGGAUGCUUCAAAAUGAUCAGUAUGUGACACCGUAGCCAUUUGAACGUGAUCUACACUCAGUUGCCAGUUCAUUAGGUACACCUAGCUUAAAUAAAUCCAGUCCUGCAGUAACAGCUUCUUUCAGGAAGAUUAUAGUGUUCAGUUUGUCUGAGAACUGCUUUAAGGAGAUGAUUUAAUUUUGUGCUCAUUUUGGAGGCUGUAGUUUGUGGUGUUGAGUUGUACUGCAUCAUAUAGGGAAGUGUUUCUAAUAUUUAGUCCAUGUUUAUAUCAACGUGCGUAGGUGGAACACUUGUUAUAACCCAAUGCAACAUAAACUGCAGACUCUAAAAUGCCAACACUAACUUCAGUAAACAGAUUCUGCAGAAUCUGUAAGCCAUGGGACAAGAUUUUGGUAUCUGAGGUGUUCUGGUCUCUGUUAAUAGUCUGAGUACCAGUACUGACCAGUCCCGUUUGAAUGGCAGGUAAAGAGUGUGAGAAAAGGCAGACUGCACUGGCUGAUAUGCAAUCUCAGAACCAACUGGAUAUGUCUGACAAGUUAGCUUUAUAUUAGCUUUUUGAAAAUGCGUCUGCCUUCACAUGUAGAUAUGUGUUUAUUGAGACUGAUCAAAUCGGCCGGCGCACAGAAGAGGGAGUCUUGGCCUGGACAUCUUUUUCUUUUGGAUAGGGAUGUUCCAGGACAGAGUUUGGGACUGAUAGUGAUGACUGAUGAGAGUUUAUAUCCAUUGCUAAGUUUCAACUCUUGUCUCUAGCUGGGCUUCUUAGACCUAAAAUGUUAUUAAAAACAUACAGUGUAAAGCAGCCCGAAACAUUGCACCGCCCCUUUGUAUUAAACUACAUUUUCCAGUGACUGUAUAUAAAAAUGAAUAAUGCGUCUCCACCUCCUCCCACUGUGCAAAAAUGAAGCCAAAACAUCCCGGUUAAGGGAGCUGCCAUCUUAACAUCAUUUGGAGCCAGUGUCUGUGAUCUCAGCAGUAUCAAGUUCCCACACAUACAUCCAUUCAACCAAUCCUGAGCAGCACUAUUGAGCGUGAGCACACCAGUUUGCACAGACAGCUGUCAGUCAUGACGUCAAACCCCAUUUUUAUGGCGUCAAACAUCAAAUUUAAGCAAAUUUAAAACCAAACUUAAAAGAAAAACUUGAUAAAACAUAAGUGCGAUGAGAACUACCUACAAUGAGAGAAUCCAUCUUUAGAAAAAUAUUGGACGUGUACUUUGAUUUUUCAGUUUGGCCCAUGUGCAUCCACUAACGCAGAGGGAGUGGGGUUUAAGACCUGUACUGCAGCCAGCCACCAAGGGGCGAUCUAGAUGUUUGGCUUCACUUUUGGGAGCUGUCAUGUCGUCCAUCUUUACAUACAGUCUAUGAUUAUUUCUAGCUAGGUGUACCUAAUAAACUGGCAACUGAGUAAUGCAAAAAUAUUGAAUUUUCAUUUUUAUUGAUGACUAAUAAAGUCAGCAUCAUGCUAAUGUUGUUGGACUGUAGCUGCCUGAAGUAACUCAACAGUUUGAAAGGUGAUCAGCUAAAAAUUAAUUAGUCUGUGUUAUAAUGUGCUUAAAGUCCCGUCUCUUGCAAUUUGUUAGUGUUCAUCCUUAUACAGGGGCUACAAAAUAAAAUGGGGAAAACAGUUGCGAGUACUUUCUGUCUGUACACAUUAACCUUAAAUUAAUUUAGCAUCACGUGGCCACAUCCUGCCUUAACGGAUUUACAUGGAUCUUUUAGUUUAGACAAAAUAAUAAUUACCAGCAAAAAAAUCAACUGCUUGAAUUCACUCUCAAAACAUUCAGCAUUUCUCUUGACACACGUGCAUUUGGACUGUUGAAUGAAGCCUGAGCAUGUUUUUUGUUCUUUUGUUUCCCCCUCAGUGUUCACAAUGUUGUUUUAAUGCUGUCCACACCUCCUGCACAUCACUCGACCCACGACAUGAUGAAUAAACUGUUGUCUCUGGAUUUCAGUGCUGUGCCAGUUGGCGUAUUUCUUAUUGUUGUUGAGAGAAUGGAAAAAGAAAUGCAUUUCAGCUGUACUCCAGUCUCAUGUCUUCAUCUGUCAAGUCCAAAAAAAAAGAAGAAAAAAAAAGAACCCUCAGAAUAAACAAUGUUGGAUAGA